CUUUUGCGUAAAACUGGGAGAGGAACCCUUUAAAAUGCGUAACUCACUUUUAUUUUAUUCAUUCUACGCCAAACAGUGUCCUCGGUAGGGUAGUGUCGUGCUUUCGUCAGAAAAGUACAGUGAUAAUUGCUUUUUAUUUUGUUUUUGUGUUGAUUGAGGCUUAAAGUGGACAAUAAAAGUGCGUAGUGAUCGCAAAGAUAAAUCCGAAACAAAAUGAAGAUUCUCGUCCUCUUGGUGGCCUUCGUGGCCGCAGCUAAUGCCGUCUCGCUGUACGAACUGGUCAAGGAAGAAUGGAGCGCAUUCAAGCUCCAGCAUCGCAAGAAAUACGACAGCGAAUCCGAGGAGCGUAUCCGCCUGAAGAUCUACGUUCAGAACAAGCACAAAGUCGCCAAACACAAUCAGCGGUAUGAUCUCGGUCAGGAAAAGUAUCGCCUGCGUAUCAACAAGUAUGCUGAUCUGCUGCACGAGGAGUUCGUUCAGACGUUGAACGGCUUCAACCGAACCAAUUCCAAAAACAUGCUGAGAAACGUUUUGUUAGAGGAACCUGUGACGUUUAUUGAACCAGCGAACGUGGUAAUUCCCGAGACAAUUGAUUGGAGAAAGAAGGGGGCUGUCUCUCCUGUUAAGGACCAAGGACAUUGUGGGUCGUGCUGGUCGUUCUCAGCAACAGGUGCUCUAGAGGGACAACAUUUCCGCAAAACUGGCAAACUGGUCUCUCUCUCCGAGCAAAAUCUCGUCGAUUGUUCCGGUAAAUAUGGCAACAAUGGCUGUAAUGGUGGCAUGAUGGACUUCGCCUUCCAGUACAUCAAGGACAACAAAGGAAUCGAUACGGAGAAAUCCUACCCAUAUGAGGCCAUCGACGAUACUUGUCACUUCAACCCCAAAAAUGUUGGAGCUACCGAUAGAGGCUUCGUCGACAUUCCUCAAGGAGACGAGACAGCACUGCAGAAGGCGUUGGCCACCAUUGGCCCGGUCUCUAUUGCCAUUGAUGCUUCUCACCAAUCGUUCCAGUUCUACUCGGAGGGUGUGUACUACGAGCCGGAAUGCGAUGCGCAGAACCUAGACCACGGUGUUCUAGCUGUUGGUUACGGAACAAGCGAAGAUGGUGAAGACUAUUGGCUGGUGAAAAAUUCAUGGGGCACUACCUGGGGCGAUCAAGGAUACGUUAAGAUGGCUCGUAACCGCGAUAAUCACUGCGGUGUUGCUACAUGUGCCAGCUAUCCUUUGGUGUGAGCAUCGUUCGGGUUUACUUUGUGUGAUAUCGCUCAGUGAGAAUAAGCCGCAUUUGUAAGUUUUUAUCAUCCAAAGUAGUAGAUAUUCGUUUGUUCUAGCUAAUGAUUAUAUUGAGGUGAAUAUGUUUGAAUACUCAACGUAAGCAUUGCGAACAAGUUAAAGAAACGUAAUUAAUUUGUAAAAGUACAAUAAUUAGCUUUGUAGUAAAGAACCGAUCAGUCUUUUGUACAAGCAGAUUCUUGUGUAGUUGUUGAUCGGAAGUUUGUGUAUCAUAACUUCAUAGAGACGUGGAUAAUGUAUGGCGUUUUUACAAAUAA